UUCAUAUUUGCAAUUUCAGAAGCGAAGAAUGCGCAACUCCCAUCAAAAGCUUCGCUUUACUUGCUCUCAUGGCGGCUUUAAGAGGUAUCUCCCAAGCUGGUAACAUAUCUCCUGCACGGAUGAACUUCUUCAGAGGAUUCGCUUCCAGGCUCUUCGUCAAAGGUAUAUCUUUCUCCACCACGGAGGAUACACUAGUGGAAGCAUUUUCUAAAUUUGGCCAAGUUAUUGAAGCUAAAGUAAUUAUGGACAAAGUUAGAAACCGAACAAAAGGUUUUGGGUAUGUGACUUUUGCUAAAGAGGAUGAAGCCCAGAAAGCCUUGAUGGAGAUGAAUGGGAAGUUACUUGAUGGACGCGUUCUUUUUGUGGACAAUGUAAGGCCCAGUAGGAAUUUCAAUUCUGGUGUGCCAAUAGCAGGAGGACCCCCAGUGCCAGCAGCUGAUAGUUGAUACUAACCUUUCUACUAUUUUCUGUACACAUGCAAUAAUGUCAACAAAGUGGGUUAAUUGCCAGAUAUUUCUUUUGUAGCUUGUAUACUUGUCAUGAUUCGGUAAGCAUUCAAUCUCCCCUUGCCUCCAAA